AUGACCAGUCAAUCUUGUGUGAAGCCUUUCUCCCUUGACAGAAAAGGUGGCUCUUUGGUAGAAAAAAGUUGGUUGAAACAAGACCAUGGACGAUUUUCAUGGCUAAUGUACAAUUUCGAAAUAGACGAAGACCAGAUAAGAGGAACAGUGGAGACUGCAAACCUCGAGCUGCUAGGUCUUACCCAGCAGACAGAGCGAAGUCUAAGCACUUUCCAGAUCAUUUGUGGUGGUUGGAAUAUUUGCAACAGCUGGGCCGGCAUUGUCGGCACCCUGGCCAUAGGUAUUUCACAAGGAGGAACAGUUCUUCUUUUGUAUGGAAUUAUUAUCGUCAUGGUCAUUGUUGGACUAUGUACGGCCACUUUGGCAGAGCUUUCUAGUGUAUAUCCAACAGCCGGAGGUCAAUAUCAUUGGACUUCCAUCCUGAGUCCUGCAAAAUGCAGUCGAGUGUUGAGCUAUUGCUGUGGAGCAGUCAACAUCUUUAGCUGGAUCUCAAUCAGCGCUGGUGUCACUAUCCUCCCUGCCGAAUUUAUCAUUUCCAUGGUGGUCUACAACGACCCAACCUACAAUUCUCGGACAUGGCACUCUUUUCUGAUCUAUCAAACAGCCAACAUAGCUGUCCUAAUAUACAACAUUUUUGCUAUGAAGAGGACUUCAUGGAUCCACGAUGUUGGUUUUGUUGUGUCACUGUCUUCCUUCCUAGUCAUAUUCAUAACAUGUCUGGCUCGAGCCCCACAUAUGCAAACAUCUCAAUUUGUAUGGACAACGUUUAUCAAUCAGUCUGGGUGGAAAUCGAAUGGGGUUGCAUUCCUUACCGGACUGAUUAAUCCAAAUUAUAUUUACGCUGGGAUCGACGGUGCGAUCCAUCUUGCCGAGGAGUGUGGAAACGCAAGCACUGCUGUCCCGUACGCUCUAAUGAGCACUCUUGUCAUUGGCUUCCUGACAUCCUUUGCGUUUGUUGUUGCGAUGUUCUACUGCAUGACUGACAUGGAUGCUGUGAUCCACACAUCAACUGGCGUUCCUAUUUACGAGAUAUGGGUUCAAGCUACACGCUCCGAUGUUGCCUCAACAUUAUUCAUUUGCCUGUUGGCAUGUAUUGCGUUUUUCUCUUUGAAUGGGUGUCAACAAACAGCAUCUCGUCUAACAUGGGCGUUUGCUCGGGAUGAUGCCUUGGUCAUGUCAAAGUAUCUCGGGGUCAUCAAUUCGAGAUUUCAAGUUCCAAUAUGUGCUCUGUGUGCAAACUCGGCAGUGGUGUUCAUCAUCGGCUGCAUCUACCUUGCAUCUUCCACUGCGUUCAAUGCCUUGAUUGGCACCGGCCUUGUUUUACAACAAAUAUCGUUUUGUUUCCCAGCAGCUCUGCUCCUUUACCGUCGUCGAUCUUCGACUUACCUACCUUCCACUCGAUCUUUCAAGUUGGGUGUUCUUGGGUGGGUUGCUAAUGUUGUUACCGUGGCGUUUGGCUGUGUUACGUUGAUUUUCUACAGUUUUCCAUCUGAGAUGCCAGCAACCGGUGGGAAUAUGAAUUAUACAUGCGUUGUGAUCGGGACAAUGGCUGUGUUUUCACUGGGCAAUUGGUUCCUCUACGCAAGAAAAUACUAUCAGGGUCCACGACUCCCUACAGAUCAUACUUAA